AUGUCCGAAAAUUGUCAAGAGCUUUGUCUUAGAAUUGAUCCCGCUUCAUGUGGAUUUACUAAAGAUGAUCAUGUUAUUAUCACCGGGGAUUUCGAUAAUUGGAAUCCUGGUCAGUACACCUUGAAUUAUGAUUCAAGCACAGGCUACUUUAUUGCCCAUUUGCCGUACGAUGGCUAUAGUGAAACGUUCGUCUGUAAGUUCGUUGUCAACAACGAACAUUGGAAAGCUUUGAGCUGUUUCGAUAAAUAUAUAGAUGAUAUGGGUCACGAAAACAAUUUAAUCCAUUGCAAGGCUUGGUUGGAGACUGAAGAAAUGGUUGCUGAUAUUGUAAUGGAAGAUGUGGAAUUGGAUUUAAAACCUUUUAGAUCUUCUAUGUCACCUUCAGAUCUUCAGAUCGAUCAGUUAGCAAUCACUAGGCCAAGUAGCGAACAAGAUUACAUACACGUAACUUCAAGAGGUGAAUUAAGCUCAUCUGAGGACGUGGAAUUAGAUCCGAGAGUAACACAAGGUACAAUUGAUGAUAUUUUGGUAGAUGAUAUUGACGAACAACAAUCUCAACAAACUCUACUACAGGCAAGCUACUCUGAUCAAAAUGCCAAAUAUCCAUCUUCAUAUAAUCCGAUACACGGACUCGUCGCAACUUUAAGACGUGCAACCACUUACUGGAAACGUUGA